AUGUCGUCCGCCCGCUCCGAUUCCAGUCCACCGCCCCGCGCUGUUCGCGGACGUGGGGGCGGGAGUCUGCCUCAGCUUGUGCGUCCGCAGUGGUCCUCGGCGGACAACAGCACCUCUCACUUUCCGACCCCGCCAGGCACGCCGGAGUUGCGGAGGGCUGACGCACGAGUUGGGGAGUCUCCUCGUGUCAGCUCUGGUCGCCAGAGCAACGGGGUUUCGCGCGGCCUGACUCCCCACGCUUUCACCAGGCGGGGGCGCGGUGGCACCGUUGUGAUGCCUCCGACGCGACGGGCUGUCAGUGCACGUGCCACUGCCUCCCUCAAUGUUGCACAAGCGUCUGCGCAGGAGAUCACGUGCGCGACGCCAGCAGCGACAACGCAACGACGUCCCGUGACGAAAAGCAAGGUUCACCGGAGGAGCGCCAACUCGUCUGUUCACGCCUCCGAAUCUGACAAACCGACCCCACAGUCUCCGUUGUCGCGUCAGUUUUCCCCAAUGCAUUCAGAGCAGCACAGCGGCCCCGGUGAGCUCAUCUCCGUAGACACGGCAGCAGAAGCAGAACUAAACGAUUAUGUUGGCUCCCUCGAGGCAGAGCGGGAGGCAAUGCGGCGCGACAAUCUGUUGCUGCGGACGCACCUUGCAGACCGGCAACUGCUCGCGGAAGCCCUCGAAGCUGAGAACCGGGAGCUAAUGCAAGCCCAGCAAAGCAGACAGACGGUGGCGUUGCAGUCCUCCAUCGGGUCCAUGACGGAGUUGGCCGCGUCAAGCUGGAUGAACAUACUCCCCCAACCGGUCCACUCAUCCUAUCAAGCUGCACCGCAGCGCAAUGGCCACGGUGUCGGACCGUCGCCACCGAUCUCACCGACGCUUGCACUUCCGCCGCUACCAACCGAGCGCGGCUUCGCUAGCAACGCGGAGGAGAAGAUGCACGACCUUCCACUUCACACACGCGACACCCGCGCCUUGCAGGACAGACUCGCGGAGAUGCAGCGCGCCAACGAUGCUCUGCGGCUGGAGGUAGCGGAGCAGAAGGACGAGCUCCAACGUUUGCGUGCGUUAGAAAAUGCAGACCAUCCAGAGCAGAAUAUAACACAUAGAAGUGCCACCGUAACGACCCAUCUAGGUACUCCAGGGACGCCACCUCCCUUAGCCACGAACGAGAAUUCAGUGGAAACGCCGUCCCUAUCGCCACCCAUAGACUCACUUACUCUGGUGGCACAACUGCAAGAUGCCCAAUCACAAAUAGAGGACCUUCGUGAUUACAUCGCCAAACUACAACAACAGUACGCCGAAGCGCAGAAACUGUCAACAGAAGAAAAAGAGAUACUGGAAGAGCAAUUAGAAGCAGCUUUGGCGGCAUCACACCACGACGACACCAGCGGCACUACAGAGAACCAAGAUAUUGACUCUCUUAAAGCAAAACUUGCUGCUACGCAAGCCUUAGCGGAUGAAGCUGCACGCACCGUCGCACAACAACAGGAAGACAUAGAACUGCUGCAGGCGCAGGUUGCCGAGGCGGCGGCGGCUAUGUCCACAAUAAACCACGAUCCUGCAGAAGCGCAGCACCUCAACCCGAACACAGCGCACGCAGAAUACGUCCAUACAGUAGAACGACUUCAGGACCACAUCGCGAAGCAGGAUGACGACAUCCGUAACUUGCAAGCUCAACUCGCAAAGCCAAACUCGGUGAAAAAUCCACUCCUGAAAGACGACACUCAAAAAGAGGUGCAGUCACUCCGUGAGCAACUCACAGAACGCGAGGCUGAGGAGCAAUCACUCAUAGACGAGCUUGCUGCAGCACAGAAGACUGCCAACCACGAUUCGCAUGAGCAGCACGCCACCGAUGAGCGUACAUACGCACGAAAACAACGGCAACAAGAAACCCAGAUCGCACCACCGAAUCACGAGCUUGCGGCUGCGCGGAAUGGCAGUGCUGCCCGUGGCAGUGGUGGCGAUGCUGUGCCGGCGGCGGAUGUAGCGGCACUGCAGCGUGCGUUGGACGAGCUGCGGUUCCACGAUGAGCGGACACGGAACUACGACGCGACGAAGCCGACAACCGUGUCGAGGCAUCACCGCGAGUUCGAUGGCGAUGAGUGGGGCCGUGUUGUUGCGGAGCGUGGGGAGGCUCUGAAGGAUGCGUUCUGCAGCGACGCUGCGAAUGCGUGCCACGUGUCACGCGACGAGAUCAUCGCGGUGUCGUUCCGUGUGGGCAGCCUGCACGUCGACUUCUCCGUGCGCCACAACCAGGAUGUAAGCGAGCAGGAGAUUGAUGAUCGGAUUGCUGCACACGAGUUCCCGAUGAUGAACACGCUGUACGCAAAUCGCAACGGCCCGAAGACUGGGCUUGACGCUGCACAGGAGAAGCUGGCGGCGCACGGUGCGGAGGUCACGGCGCUGCAGCAGGAGCUGGCUGCCGCGAAGGAUGCGCUUGCUGCUGCGGAGGCCGCGCGGGCGGAUGCGGAUGCCGCUGCUGCGGAGGCGAAGCGCGCGGACGAGCAGCGUGGCGCCGCGGUGGAGCCGGAGCCCGCGGAGAGCGCUGGCGCCGCUGCUGCGGAGGUGCAGGCGCUGAAGGAGCAGCUGGCAGAGCGUGACGCUGAGGUCGCGGCGAUGCAGCAGGAGCUGGCUGCCGCGAAGGAUGCGCUUGCUGCUGCGGAGGCCGCGCGGGCGGAUGCGGAUGCCGCUGCUGCGGAGGCGAAGCGCGCGGACGAGCAGCGUGGCGCCGCGGUGGAGCCGGAGCCCGCGGAGAGCGCUGGCGCCGCUGCUGCGGAGGUGCAGGCGCUGAAGGAGCAGCUGGCAGAGCGUGACGCUGAGGUCGCGGCGAUGCAGCAGGAGCUGGCUGCCGCGAAGGAUGCGCUUGCUGCUGCGGAGGCCGCGCGGGCGGAUGCGGAUGCCGCUGCUGCGGAGGCGAAGCGCGCGGACGAGCAGCGUGGCGCCGCGGUGGAGCCGGAGCCCGCGGAGAGCGCUGGCGCCGCUGCUGCGGAGGUGCAGGCGCUGAAGGAGCAGCUGGCAGAGCGUGACGCUGAGGUCGCGGCGAUGCAGCAGGAGCUGGCUGCCGCGAAGGAUGCGCUUGCUGCUGCGGAGGCCGCGCGGGCGGAUGCGGAUGCCGCUGCUGCGGAGGCGAAGCGCGCGGACGAGCAGCGUGGCGCCGCGGUGGAGCCGGAGCCCGCGGAGAGCGCUGGCGCCGCUGCUGCGGAGGUGCAGGCGCUGAAGGAGCAGCUGGCAGAGCGUGACGCUGAGGUCGCGGCGAUGCAGCAGGAGCUGGCUGCCGCGAAGGAUGCGCUUGCUGCUGCGGAGGCCGCGCGGGCGGAUGCGGAUGCCGCUGCUGCGGAGGCGAAGCGCGCGGACGAGCAGCGUGGCGCCGCGGUGGAGCCGGAGCCCGCGGAGAGCGCUGGCGCCGCUGCUGCGGAGGUGCAGGCGCUGAAGGAGCAGCUGGCAGAGCGUGACGCUGAGGUCGCGGCGAUGCAGCAGGAGCUGGCUGCCGCGAAGGAUGCGCUUGCUGCUGCGGAGGCCGCGCGGGCGGAUGCGGAUGCCGCUGCUGCGGAGGCGAAGCGCGCGGACGAGCAGCGUGGCGCCGCGGUGGAGCCGGAGCCCGCGGAGAGCGCUGGCGCCGCUGCUGCGGAGGUGCAGGCGCUGAAGGAGCAGCUGGCAGAGCGUGACGCUGAGGUCGCGGCGAUGCAGCAGGAGCUGGCUGCCGCGAAGGAUGCGCUUGCUGCUGCGGAGGCCGCGCGGGCGGAUGCGGAUGCCGCUGCUGCGGAGGCGAAGCGCGCGGACGAGCAGCGUGGCGCCGCGGUGGAGCCGGAGCCCGCGGAGAGCGCUGGCGCCGCUGCUGCGGAGGUGCAGGCGCUGAAGGAGCAGCUGGCAGAGCAGAAGGCUGAGGUCGCGGCGAUGCAGCAGGAGCUGGCUGCCGCGAAGGAUGCGCUUGCUGCUGCGGAGGCCGCGCGGGCCGACGCGGAAGCUGCUGGUGACAGGAGUGCGGUGAGAAGGCAACUGGAGAACGCCCGUUCUCUCCAAGAAGCUGCUGCUCGUGAGCGUGCGGACAGUGUUGCACGCCGCGAAGCUGCGAUGGACGCACUGAAGGAGAAGCUGGAGGAGCAGGAUGGGGCGGUGCAUGCGCUGAAGGAGCAGCUGGCGGCACAGAACGCGGAGGUUGAGGCACUCCAGCAGGAGCUUGCGGCUGCGCGGAAUGGCAGUGCUGCCCGUGGCAGUGGUGGCGAUGCUGUGCCGGCGGCGGAUGUAGCGGCACUGCAGCGUGCGUUGGACGAGCUGCGGUUCCACGAUGAGCGGGCACGGAACUACGACGCGACGAAGCCGACAACCGUGUCGAGGCAUCACCGCGAGUUCGAUGGCGAUGAGUGGGGCCGUGUUGUUGCGGAGCGUGGGGAGGCUCUGAAGGAUGCGUUCUGCAGCGACGCCGCGAGUGCGUGCCACGUGUCACGCGACGAGAUCAUCGCGGUGUCGUUCCGUGUGGGCAGCCUGCACGUCGACUUCUCCGUGCGCCACAACCAGGAUGUAAGCGAGCAGGAGAUUGAUGAUCGGAUUGCUGCACACGAGUUCCCGAUGAUGAACACGCUGUACGCGAAUCGCAACGGCCCGAAGACUGGGCUUGACGCUGCACUGGAGAAGCUGGCGGCGUACGGUGCGGAGGUCACGGCGCUGCAGCAGGAGCUGGCUGCCGCGAAGGAUGCGCUUGCUGCUGGUGCCGUGGAUGGUCGCUCUGCAGCGCUGGAUGCGAGGAUGGCGUUGCUGAAGUCCAUGCUAGCGGGGGAGUUGCGCGCUCAGGUGGAGGCUGAAGAGGCGGAUGAUACGGACGCUGCUGCCUUACACGGGGCGCGUGCCGACGAGUUGAGGAGUGCAAUCGUCUACGCGGAAGCGGCGUCUUCUGGUGACGGAAAUGAUGUGAGUGCUCUCAUGGAGCGUGUGGAUGAACACGUGGAAGGUGUGCAGGCUGUCCAGCGGGAGAUUGCGUCACGGGACGAGGCUGUGACUGCGUUGCAGGAGGCUCUCGUGUUGGCAAGGACGGCACCGAGAAGUCCCGACACAGUGGCUGCGGCGCCUGUACCGACACGUGAAGCUCUCUUGACGGAUCUUCGGAAGGAGCUGGGGGCUGCUGAACACCUGCAGGCUCGAAAGCUUCGCAAAGCAAUCGCCGAUAUCGAGGCGCUGUUGGAUGAGGAAGGGAGUGUGGCCAGCUCCGCAGAGUCUAGCCACGCUGCGGCAGGAUUGAGGGAGGAGCUCGCGAAGCAGCAAGGCGAGGUGGAAAGACUGCAGCAAGAACUCCAGCGUGCUCGCGCCGCGCAUCAGGCGGAGACAGAGGAGCGUGGAGCCAUGGUGGAGCUGUACGCGGUGGAGGUGAAAGCCAUGCAGGACCAGCUCUCGCAGGCCCAAGCAGCCGAAGACGAAGCGCGGCUGAAGUAUCUGCUGCAGGAACAUGAGUGGAAGCAGGCGGCACGACAGCAGCUCGACGAGGAGCAUGCGCGAUUGGGCGCGGAGCCGGAGGCGUUAAAGGAGGAGCUUGCAACGCUGACUCGCGAGGCGGAAGCGAUGCGACAGGAAGUUGCUGGCCUUCGCGACACGGUGGAUGAGGUGCAGUGGUACGACGAGCGCCGAGACAACUGCGUGCCGGACAAACCAAUGACAGAGUCUUACUUUCACCGCGUCUUUGAGGGCGACGAGUGGCGUCGUGUCGUAGAGGACUAUGAGGAGGAGCUGCGGUGGAUGCUUCACAUCGACUGCGGCCGUGCGUGCCACGUAAACUUGGAACAUGUCACACGCGUUGAUUUCGUGCUGGACAGCUUGCAUGUAGACUUCUGCGUGCAGCACAACACGGAUGUCGCGAAGAGCGAGUUGCGCAAUCGUCUGGUUGAGUACCCCUUCCCGGCUACCUGGGGCCUGUACCACCGUGUGGUGGAGGCGGACGGCCCUGGCGGGUCGUUAUUUGGCCCUUCCUUGAGCAGAGCUGCGGAAAAGCUCGUCUUGGAGGAGGAGGUAGCAAGAGCGCAGAUGCAGGGGCUGGAACUGGAGGCGCGGCAGGAGAUGACGCGGGAGCAGGGUACUGACUCCGCACAUCUUUACCAGGUCUACUUCGAUGACCUGAUGGCCGAGCUCGACUUGGCGGGUCAGGAGCGCACCGACAACCUAGAGCACCUGGAGGAGUGCGCGGCGUUGCUGGAGGAGGCUCGAGAGAGCGAGCAGGAGCUGCGUAAUCGUCUCUUCACGGCGGAGGAGGAGAUGUUCGAGGUGCACCGCAAACACGACGAGGAGAAGCGGCUGGGGGAGGAGCGGGAGGAGAGCGGUCGCCGCGCCAUCAGCGAGUCCGUGGUACGGUUAGCGGAGCAAGAUGCUGCCAUGCAGCGACAAGCGGAGGAGAUUGUGGGGCUGCAAAGUGAAGUGUGCAACAUGACGGAGACGGCGAAACAGAAGGAGGACGCGAUGCAACAAAUGCGUGACCGUGAAGCCGACUUGCUGCGGAAGCUGGAGGACAGCGCGGUGCAGUACGCGGAGGCGGUGAAGAGGCUGGACAAGGGCGAGAAAGACGCGGAGGCGUCACGAGAGACGCACGCGGCGUUGUCCGUGGCGUUCGCAGACUUGCAGGCGCACAACGAUGAGCUGCAACACGCCAACGAGGCGCAAGCCGAAGCCCACCGCGUAGAAAUGGAGGCUGCACUGGCCAUGGAGCAGAAACUGAAGGAGGCCACGGACGUUGUGUGCGAGUUCUUGCCACAACUCAUCGCCGCCGCGUCUGGCACGCGGACGAAGGACAAUGCAGUGGAGGAGGACGGUACAACGACGGAGGAAAGUGCCUUUAUGCCAAAGGGCCAGCUGGACGCAAAUGAGCUGCGCGAGGCGUUGCUCCAUCACCUGGGCCAGAUCGAACAGCUGCGCCGCGACAAGAAUAGCCUCUCCGACGAUCUGGAUGCUGCGGAAAAGCUGCGUAACGAGUACAUGGCUUCGCUUGAAAAUUCGAUGCGUGCGUUGGCGGACGAGCGGGCGUCGCGCAUGCGUGCACACGAGCAACAGGUACAGCUGUCGCAGCAGCUAUUGAAACAGAUCACAAUCAUGCGCAACGCGGAGGACGACGACGCAGUUGAUGAAGGCCAUGAUGAUGAUGUGGCGAGCAAUUACGAACCAUCAAGCCUGUGCAGUGUCACUCCUCCGUUCUAA